AAACUAUCAGAAUGAUUUAUGUCCUUUAACAUUCAUAUUUACCUGGAUUAUUUGCCAAGAUGACACAACAUCUCCAAGAAAUUAUUUCCCAGUUUGUGACUGGUCUAAAAAAUAAGAAUGAAGAUGUCCGGAAUAAGUCUGCUAUGGAUCUGUACCGCUUUGUGGUCACAGAACUACGGGAAAUGCCAUCUGAGUACCACACGACCUUCAUGGACAAGUUCAACCAUUUCAUUUUUGAGAUGGUAUCUAGCUCUGACAUGAAUGAACGUAAAGGCGGGAUACUAGCUAUAGUUAGUCUGACAGGAGUUGAUGUUGGAAACAGGUCUACAAGAAUAAGUCGAUUUUCAAAUUAUCUGCGGAACCUUCUGCCAUCUAAUGAUGUAUCCGUCAUGGAGAUGGCAGCUCGAGCUGUGGGGUGGCUGGCUUUUUCUUCAGGCUCAUACGCUGCAGAAUAUGUGGAGCAUGAAGUGAAACGUGCACUGGAAUGGUUAACAGGUGAUCGACAGGAAAGCAAAAGACUAGCUGCAGUUCUGGUUCUGAAGGAGCUUGCAGUAAACACACCCACUUUCUUCUUCCAACAAGUGCAGCAAUUCUUUGAUUGCAUUUUCAAUGCUGUACGAGACCCAAAGCCAAACAUUCGAGAAGGAGCUGUAGCAGCUUUGAGGGCAGCCCUGGCGGUGACCUCACAACGAGAGAGCAAGGCCACUCAGAAGGCACAGUGGUACAAGCAAUGUUAUGACGAGGCCGUGAAACUAUAUGAUGAGACCCAAGGCCGAGAGAAGAAGCUAUCUCGAGACGACUGGGCUCAUGGCUCAUUGCUCAUCAUGAAUGAAAUAUUGAGAUGUAGCAACAUUGAGGGAGAGAGGUUAAGAAUGGAGAUGGAGGAUAUAACUAACCAGCAAUAUCAACAUGAAAGAACUCUUAAGGAGAUGUCUAAGACCCACAAGUCUCCUUCCAGUUCUUUGGCUCUUCAGCCCUCGAGUUCCCUCGCUCUGCAGCAGUUCCAACAUAAAGCUUUCCCCAUCAACAACUUCAUGUCUGGGAAUCGGCAAAACCAGCAGAAGAUUAGUUUUGAAAGCCGUACGGCCAAACAGUUAGUCGAGAGCCACUUUGACAAGGUGUGUGCCUUAUUACUGCGACACCGAAACAGUAAGAGUGUUCACAUUCAGUUGAUCCUACAAGUCAUCUUUCCACGACUAGCUGCCUUCAAGCCUCAAGAAUUCUCCAAACUGUACUUAGAUGAAACAAUAAGCUUCCUGCUGGGCUCUCUGAAGACAACCCGUGACAAAACGUCCACCUUCCAGGCCAUCGGACUCCUAGCCAUCUCGGUCCAGGACAACAUUGUACGAUAUCUCCCAGGGAUCCUGGAUGUUAUCAGAACUUCCCUGCCACCGAAAGAUUUACCAGCCAAGAAACAGAAGAAUGUUACAGUGGACCCCGCUGUGUUUACGUGUAUCAGUAUGUUAGCCAGGGCAGUUGGUCCAGCAAUGAUAAAGGAUGUCCGAGAUUUGUUAGACUCCAUGUUUGCUACUGGUUUAAGUCCUGCCCUGACUGCAGCCCUGCGUGACCUGGCCAUACAAAUACCUCAACUGAAGAAAGAGAUCCAGGAAGGACUCCUGAAGAAUCUAUCACUGAUUUUGAUGGGCAGACAACUCAGGCACCCAGGGGCACCUAAAAGUCCGGUCAUGCCCCUCCCUUUGUCAGUGUCUCUUACAAACUUAGCAGACAUUCAAGAUGCCACAAGCAUAACACUAGCUUUGAAAACCUUAGGAAGUUUUGAUUUUGAAGGUCACUCUCUGACCCAGUUUGUCCAGCACUGUGCUGAGCAGUACCUAUCCAGUGACCACAAAGAGAUCCGCAUGGAGGCUGUUCGUACCUGUGCCAGACUGCUAACACCACUCCUCCAAUUACUGGCAAACAGCCAGGGACAGAUCAGCAUUGCAGCCAUGAACACUGUGGCAGAAGUGUUACACAAACUCCUGGUAGUGGGCAUUACAGACACAGAUUCAGACAUAAGGUAUUGUGUUCUGGUGUCCAUGGAUGAUCGAUUUGAUCCACAUCUUGCCCAAGCAGAAAAUUUAUCAGCCUUGUUUGUAGCCUUGAAUGAUGAAGUAUUUGAAAUCCGGGAACUGGCUAUUUGUAUCAUAGGUCGCCUUAGUAGUAAAAACCCAGCCUAUGUGAUGCCUUCUCUGAGAAAAACUCUCAUUCAGAUCAGGACUGAAUUAGAGUACAGUGGAGUGGGAAGAAAUAAAGAACAAGCUGCUAAGAUGCUUGGACACCUGGUGGCCAAUGCGGCUCGCCUGGUGAGGCCUUACAUGGAGCCCAUACUGAAUGCCCUGAUCCCGAAACUGAAGGAGCCUGAUCCCAAUCCCAAUGUCACCAUCAGUGUACUGGUAGCCAUAGGGGAACAGGCACAGGUCAGUGGAACAGAGAUGAGAAAGUGGAUGGAUGAGUUGCUUCCCUUGAUAUUAGAAAUGCUGCAGGACUCCUCAUCCUUGCAGAAAAGAGAGGUUGCCCUUUGGACCCUGGGACAGCUGGUGGAGAGUACGGGGUACGUGAUUGAGCCUUACAAGCGCUAUCCUUCUCUGUUAGAGGUCCUCCUUAACUUCCUGAAAACGGAGCAAGCUACAGGAAUCAGAAGGGAGGUGAUUCGUGUGUUGGGUUUGCUGGGAGCCCUGGACCCACACAAACAUAAGAUGAACCAGGGAGUGAUACAGAGAACAGAACCUAAUGCUGUCAGUAUGUCUGAUGUCAAAUCCUCCUCUGAUAGUGCACAGCCAGAGAACACAAGUGAGAUGUUGGCCAACAUGACCGCCUCCACCACUCUAGAAGAGAUCUAUCCAGCCAUCGCCAUAGCAACACUAAUGCGAAUUAUCCGAGAUCCCUCCCUGUCCCAGCACCACACGAUGGUGGUCCAGGCCAUCACCUUCAUCUUUAAGAGUCUGGGGAUUAAGUGUGUCCCCUACAUACAGCAGGUCAUUCCAGCCUACCUGUCGGUCAUCCGAUCCGCUGACCAGACAUUUAGAGAGUUUCUGUUCCAACAACUAGGAGUCAUCAUUGCCAUUGUCAAACAGCACAUAAGGAAUUACCUGGACGAUAUUUUUGCAAUAAUAAAGGAAUACUGGGGUCCAAACAGCACCAUGCAGAAUACAAUUAUUAACCUGGUGGAGCAAAUUGUGACAGCCCUGGGGACAGAGUUCAGGAUCUACCUGCCACAAAUCAUCCCCCAGAUUCUGAAAGUCUUCAUGCAGGACUCCAGUGAGAACAGGGCAGUGACUGGCAAGUUGCUGAAUGCCCUGCAGUUGUUUGGAGCCAAUCUUGAUGACUAUCUCCAUCUCCUUCUCCCUCCUGUGGUUAAAUUAUUUGACAGCCCUGAUGUGCCUCUGUCUGUUAAAAGAACUGCCCUAGAGACCGUGGACAAACUUACGUACACCCUUGAUCUGACGGACUUUGCGUCACGUAUCAUCCACCCGCUAGUAAGGACACUGGAUUCUGUACCGGAGCUACAGGCCUCUGCCAUGGAUACGCUGUGUGCCAUGGUGAUGCAGCUGGGGCCUAAGUUCAACAUCUUUAUUCCAAUGGUCCAGAGAGUCAUACAGAAACACAAGAUUGCUCAUCAGAGAUACUUCAUACUGAUGGCCAGAAUUCUCAAGGCUUCCACAAUUGCUGAAGAAGAGGAUGAUCCAGUUCUACUGAAGCACAAGAAGAAUCGUGGGAAGACGUCAGAAUCUAAUGAUACUCUGGCAGACACUGCUGUUAUUAAGAAGCUGCAUGUCAGUUUUACUAACCUUCAAAAGGCUUUGGAGGCUGGGAGAAAGGAAUCUAAGGAGGACUGGAUGGAAUGGUUGAGGAGACUCAGUAUAGAACUACUGAAGGAGUCUCCCUCCCCCGCACUGCGAUCCUGCUGGGCCCUGGCUCAGACUUAUAACUCACUGGCAAAGGACUUAUUCAAUGCUGCCUUUGUGUCGUGUUGGACAGAGUUAACAGAAGCACAACAAGAUGAACUCAUUCUCAGUCUGGAACAAGCUCUAACCUCUCAGGAGAUUCCUGAGAUUACUCAGACUCUUCUAAAUCUAGCCGAAUUCAUGGAACACUGUGAUAAAGGCCCCUUGCCUCUAGACACCUCACUGCUGGGAUCCCGGGCCAUGAAGUGUCGAGCAUAUGCUAAGGCUCUACAUUACAAGGAAGAAGAGUUCCAUAGAGGGCCCACUACAGCUACUCUGGAAUCUUUGAUCAGCAUUAACAACAAGUUACAGCAGCCUGAGUCAGCAUCUGGUGUUUUACAGUAUGCACAGAAUCACAGGACUGAUGUGAAAGUACAGGAGAGCUGGUAUGAGAAGCUCCAUGAAUGGAACAAGGCUUUGGAGGCUUAUGAGAAGAAACAGGAGGAGAAACCAGACGACUUUAACCUUACAAUGGGCAGGAUGAGGUGUCUGGAGGCCCUGGCAGAGUGGGGCCAGCUCCACCAGAUAGCGUGUGAGAAGUGGGGCACCAGCAGUGACGAGAACAGAACAAACAUGGCUAGAAUGGCUGCCUCAGCUGCCUGGGGUCUCGGUCAGUGGGACAGCAUGGAGGAGUAUAUGUGUCUGAUUCCAAGGAACAGUUACAAUGGGGCAUUUUAUCGAGCUGUAUUUGCUCUCCACACAGAAAACUACCAGCUUGCUCAACAGUGUAUUGACAAGGCUCGAGACAUUCUUGAUACAGAGCUAACAGCUAUGGCUGGAGAAAGUUACAACAGGGCUUAUGGUGCCAUGGUGAAUGUUCAGAUGUUAUCUGAGCUAGAGGAAGUGAUGCAGUUUAAACUGGUCCCUGAGCGUCAGGAGGCCAUUAAACAGAUGUGGUGGGACCGUCUCCAGGGUUGUCAGCGAGUGGUGGAAGAUUGGCAGAAAAUCAUCCAGGUCCGGUCCCUGGUGGUGUCCCCACUGGAAGACAUGAAAACAUGGCUGAAGUAUGCCAGCUUGUGUAGAAAAAGUGGAAGACUGGCAUUAUCACACAAGACAUUGGUAAUGCUGCUUGGUAUGGAUCCAGCUAAAAAUACAGACAAGCCAAUUCCUACCACCAAUCCACAAGUCACAUUUGCUUUCCUCAAACACAUGUGGAAGAACAACCAAAAGGACUCUGCUUAUAGUAAGUUACAACACUUUGUUCAGCACUCACUUCAAACUAGAGCUCUCCAGCUCAUAACUCCUGAGGACACUCAGCAGAGAACUCAGCUCAACAAGUUGUUAGCCAGGUGUUACCUGAAGCUGCCCCGGAGAUUGCUCAGUCUGGCCACGGAAUACGACAAGUAUUGGUACAAGGCUUGGCAUGGAUGGGCUUUGAUCAACUAUGAGGCAGUCUUAUUCUACAAACAGUCAGAGAAAAGUGGAGCUGUCCCUCAGUCCCCAGGGGAUAUAGGCCCAGGGCGAGGGGAUGCUCCUAUCUCAACAAAGAAUGACACCAAUGUCUCGACCACCUCUAAGAUGCACAAGUACUGUGUUUUGGCAGUUCAAGGAUUUUUCCGAUCCAUUUCUCUGUACCAGCAUAAAAGUUUGCAGGACACUCUGAGGUUGUUGACCCUGAUGUUUGACUAUGGUCAAUGGCCAGAAGUAUAUGAGGCAUUAACUGAAGGAAUCAAAACAAUACAGGUGGAGAACUGGCUACAGGUUAUUCCUCAAUUGAUCGCUAGAAUCGAUAUUCCUCGCCCCCUUGUCAGUCGACUGAUAAGUCAACUCCUGAUUGACAUUGGAAAAGCUCACCCACAGGCCUUGAUCUACCCUCUAACAGUGGCCUCAAAGUCUAAUGUUCCAACACGUCAGACAGCAGCCAACAAAAUCCUGAAGAACAUGUGUGAGCACAGCAACACAUUGGUACAACAGGCAAUGCUGGUGAGUGAAGAACUGAUUCGGGUGGCCAUCCUCUGGCAUGAGCUCUGGCACGAGGGUUUGGAGGAAGCCUCCAGGUUGUACUUUGGUGAGAGAGACAUCAAGGGCAUGUUUGGUACGCUGGAACCAUUGCAUAACAUGGUGGAACGGGGUCCUCAGACUCUCAAAGAAACUUCAUUCAAUCAGGCUUAUGGUCGUGACUUGAUGGAGGCCCAGGAGUGGUGUAGGAAGUACCAAAGAUCAGAGAAUGUUAAGGACCUGACCCAGGCCUGGGACCUCUACUACCACGUGUUCAGGAGGAUCUCUAAACAGCUCCCUCAGCUGACUUCCCUGGAGCUGCAGUAUGUCUCCCCCAAACUUCUCCGCUGUCAGGAUCUAGAAUUAGCUGUGCCAGGGAAAUAUGAACCUAACCAACCAAUCGUAAAGAUCCGCAGAUGUCAAAGUUCACUCCAGGUCAUCACCUCAAAACAGAGACCCAGAAAACUCAGCAUAUUUGGAUCCAAUGGACUGGAAUACAUGUUUUUACUGAAGGGUCACGAAGACCUCAGACAAGAUGAACGCGUCAUGCAGCUCUUUGGUUUGGUUAAUUCUCUCCUUGUGGAAAAUCCAGAAACCUUCAGGAGAAACCUCACCAUUCAGCGAUUUUCUGUUAUUCCUCUGUCCACUAACUCUGGUUUGAUUGGCUGGGUCCCUCACACAGACACGCUUCAUUCACUGAUCCGUGAUUACAGAGAGAAAAAGAAAAUCUUACUGAAUAUUGAACAUAGGCUCAUGCUUAGGAUGGCACCUGACUAUGAUCACCUGACCUUGAUGCAGAAGGUUGAGGUCUUUGAGCAUGCUCUAGAGCACACACAAGGAGAUGACCUGGCCAAGAUUCUGUGGUACAAGAGUCCCAGCUCAGAGGUGUGGUUUGACAGACGUACAAACUACACACGUUCCCUGGCUGUGAUGUCAAUGGUUGGUUAUGUACUGGGGCUUGGAGACAGACAUCCUUCCAAUCUGAUGCUGGACCGUACCAGUGGUAAAGUGAUCCACAUUGACUUUGGUGACUGUUUUGAGGUUGCCAUGGUGAGGGAGAAGUUCCCAGAAAAGAUUCCUUUCCGUCUGACCCGCAUGUUGAUCAAUGCUAUGGAGGUGACUGGUAUUGACGGUAACUACAAGAUGACCUGUGAGAGUGUGAUGGAGGUGUUACGUGAGCACAAGGACAGUCUGAUGGCCGUACUGGAAGCCUUUGUGUAUGACCCCCUGCUGAACUGGAGACUCAUGGACACUACAGCCAAGGGUAAGACAAAAACAAAAGACUCGUACUCGGGAGGAAGCCAGGAACAGGCGGACAUGUUGGAGAGCGUGGACAUGAGUCAGACGGCCCACAAACGCUCAGCCCCGGAGACUGCCAGCUCUGUAGGUGGGGACAACUUCCAGGCAGAGGUCAUCAACAAGAAAGCCCUGUCCAUCAUUAACCGGGUCAGGGACAAACUGACCGGUAAGGACUUCUCCUCGGGAGAUGCCAUUGAUGUCACCACCCAAGUGGAUCUCCUUAUCAAACAAGCCACCUCCCACGAAAAUCUGUGUCAGUGUUACAUUGGGUGGUGUCCAUUCUGGUAAAGAAUCAGAAUCCUGUAUGAUUUAACACCAAUGAAGGUCUCUGCCUCAAAGAAAAUGUGUUUAAUUUGUAUAGAUGGUGUCAAGGCCAUUUAAGGUCUUUGCCAUUACUUGCUGGAUUUUUACAAGUGAUGUCUGUUCUUGCAUUAAGCUAAAGAUUGUUUGUAAUAAAAAGCUAUGUAUGAUGUGAUAAUUGGGUUUUUUUUUGUGAAAUGUCUGUUUUUAUCACACUUCUGUUAUUUUAUACAAUUACAUGUAUGUAUAAAAUUUAAGCAAAGGCAAAUGACAGAAAGAUUUAUCUAAAGAAAGUUUGAUUUGCAGGGAUAACAAGAAAGUGUUAAGGGCAUUUUAUAGACAUUAUUAGAAAUUUAUGAAUGCAUAAAGAAAAAUAUUCUUGUGUACAAAUUACAAUGUGAUGUUUAAAAGAUGCUUUGACUUGUUUUGCAUGUUAUUAUUCACUUCAUGAAUAACCUGUAAAAUUCAGGCGUUAUUUGUGUGAAAUCAGAUUGUAUCGAGAUUGACCCCUUUUAUUUCAUAUGGGAUUGGUUACUAACUAGUCAUGCAUAUUAAUGUACAUUUUGUGAUACCCGACAUCCAGCUAAGUGCUUAUUUUGUGCUGUAUACAUGUGUAUAUACAAUGUAUAUGUUUAUUUUUGUUAUAUUUAACAUUGUUACUGAACUUAAUAGUGUUACAAUCUUAUUUUACUGCAUUGUAGUGUGACUAGUGUCUCUAGUACAUAAUCUAUACUAGAAGAUCUGUGAAGCAAAUGAUUAAAAUUUAGACUACCCUCAGUAUGCUUAUAGAUUAUUAUUGUACUGUACAGUGUCCUAGGACACAAAACACUUCAAUCUGCAAUGUUAAUCAAGCUAAAUGUCAAUGAUUGAUGAGGGCAAGCUUUUCUGAUCAACUUCUUAUUUUGUUCAUGUAUGUUACAUUAUGUAUAUAUAUCAAAUACUUUGCUGUUAAACCUGUUUUAUGUUGCACAAGAUUGGAUUCUGUAGCAGUAUUACUUAACAUAGCAUUUUUCCUCUUAAAGGGAAGCGGUUAUGUGAAUUUUAGCAUAUCUCUUACACAAAAUUUAUCAAAGAUGAAUGUUGAAUUUAUGGAUAAAUAACAUAAACUUUUACUUAAGAAACUGAAUUAUCUUAAUGUAUUUAGAAGCCUUUUCCACUUUUGUUUAAUAGUUUCAAUAGAUGUAAUACAUGUACAUUACAUGUACAUGUAUUCCAGCCCAUUUUUGAAGUGGUAUAUUAAUGAGAUAGAGAUAUGCCUGGUGUACCUUUGUUUUGUAUGAUGUUGUUUACUUGAAUAAAGAUAUAAAGCAAUACAA